UAAUCGCAGUAAAUUUGCUUACGUAAUACUUGAGCGGCCGCUAUAAAAAAAAAUCACAGGUCGGACUUUACAGAAACCUAGAAUCCAGAGAUUUCGAACUAAUUUUAAUGAAACUAGACAAAAUACUGUAAUAAUAUUUGAGAAGGUGGAAAAAAUAAAUAUUUAAAAGUAACCUUGAAAUGAAUUCUCAUUAGCUCUAAAUACAAAACCAAUUAAAUUGACUGUAAAUUAAGUAGGUACUAUUUGUUCAUAUCAACACAAUAUUUUACUUUAGUUUGAAAGGUGGUAGAGUUAACUACUUUGUAUGGUAAGAUAAUUGUUAUCUACAACUUUUUUGGUUAUGGGUAUUGAAUAUAAGACAGUUUUAAAUAGAAAGUUUCACACUAUAGGAUGUGGGCAGGUGAAGACAUUUCUUUGGGAAAUAGUUUCUUUAAAUAGUGUCUAAAAUGGAUCCAGCGUCAAUAGUGGCGCAAACAUUAACCAUCCAACGGUCAUUGAGCGUGAUCGCAGCCACCCUCGCCCUUACUGCUUAUUUAUUCCCGAAACAGGCUCAGAUUUCUGAUCUGAAGGAAUUCGACAUAAUAAUAGUAGGCGGCGGAUCGGCAGGAUGCGUGCUGGCGGACCGACUUACUGAAGACGGUCGCUUCUCUGUGCUGCUCAUAGAAGCGGGUGGCGACGCUCCCCUGGAAGCUAUUUUGCCGAGCCUCUUUCCAUAUUUGCCACGUACAAAGUACGACUUUAACUACACAUCGAAGAUUGAUAACGCAACGUACCAAACCCAUAAAAUCCGUGCGCUCAAUUUGACCGCUGGCCGAGUCCUAGGCGGAGGCAGCAGCGUCAACUUCAUGGCGUACGUCCGCGGCUGCCCUGACGACUAUUGGUGCUGGGCUAAAGAUAUCGGCGACGACGACUGGGGAUGGGACAAAGUCUUUCCUUAUUUUCUCAAAAGUGAGAACAUCGUGAGUCCGGAAAUUCUUCACUCACCCUACAGGACUUAUCACGGGACUGAAGGGUUCUUGAAGGUAUCUAGGGAAAACCGAUCAGACAUCGAAAAGUAUUUAAGAAGCUUCGAAGAAGUAGGAAAACCGGUGGUUUUCGAUAUCAACGGUCCCUCCAGUACCGGCUACACCCCACUAUUGCUCACCAUCGCAGACGGAGUGCGCCAAACGACGGCUUACACUAACUUAGCGAGAAUAAAGAAGCGUCCCAAUUUGUUCGUGAAGAAAAAUAGUUUUGUUACAAAAAUUGUUAUUGACGAUGACAACGUUGCGAAGGGUGUCGAGUUUGUGACAGAAGAAGGGAAGACCCUGAGGGCUAUAGCUAAGCGCGAGGUUAUCGUGUCUGCGGGCACAAUCAACUCUGCGAGGUUGUUGAUGGGGUCCGGCAUCGGGCCCCGAGACCAUCUAGGCGAGUUCAACAUUAAAGUGAAGAGCGAUCUGCCCGUCGGCUACAACUAUCACGACCACACCACGGUAAUCUUAUCUAUCAAGACGGAGGAGAGUUCCGGUACUCCGCCUGCUCCCGACCCACACAUACUUCCGUUUCCCGCUUUCGGUGGCUAUAUUGCGUUGAACGAAUCGCAAUCGUGUCCGGAUUACCAAACCUUAAUUUUUACGGUUCCAAACGACUCGCCCGGCCCGAUGCAGCUCUGCGCGUUCAACAUGGGCUUCGAAGAUGACAUUUGUCAAAAUCUCUUCGAUGCCAGUAAAGGGCGGAACUCACUGUUCGUGAAUUUAGUUCUGCUGCAUCCUCGUUCACGGGGGCGGGUCAAACUGCAGAGCGACGAUCCGUUCGCCGCGCCAGUGGUGGAGCCGGGCACGUUCGCAGACAAAAGGGACCUGGACGAUUUUGCGAAGUACGUUGCAGACUUUGUUGGGGUUGUGAAUUCAUCAUAUUUCAAAAGUAUAAAAGCGGAGGUUGUGGAUUUACCAGGGCCGAGAUGCGCGAACUUGGACGGUUUGGACUACUGGCGUUGUUACGUCUUGAGUAGCAUGUCGACGCUGUGGCACUAUGUUGGAACGUGCUCUUUGGGCCCGGUGGUGGAUUCGUCACUUCGUGUGCGAGGCAUACGUCAUUUGCGUGUGGCAGACGCGAGCGUUAUGCCGAAAGUUGUGGGAGGCAACACUAACGCACCUGUUAUUAUGGUCGCUGAGAAGGCAGCGGACAUCAUCAAACGACAAAACCCCUAAUAAAUAAAUGUCGUAAAACAUCCUUUAAAAUAAAUAACUUCCAAUACCCAAUAUACCUCAUCAAAAUUAUCGCAGAAAUUCAAAUAUCGCAACCCCAAAUGUAAAUUACACGUUUAAGAAACGAAAUUAAAAAUUAUAAUAACCUGAUCAUUAGUAGAAAAUAGUUUUAAUUUAACAAGGCAAGGUCAUUUAAUUUACUGAUAAAUUUGUAUAAUUAUAAAUAUAUAACAGCGAAUAGUUAACCUUGACUGACUCAAAUAUGCUGUACUGGUCGGUUGUAUGUAAAUUAAUAAAAUGUAUAAAUGUGGAAAUAAAAGACAUCGUUGCGAGAUGCAAACACCGUUUA